AUGUCUCUUUCAACACGAGAGAAGAAAAGUGAAAAAAUGUCUUUCAACGCGAGAGGAAAAAAGAGAAAAAAGGUCUUUCAACACGAGAGGAAAAGAGAAAGGGCGUCUUUCAACCCAAGAGUAGCGGAGGAAAUAUCUCUUUCAACACGAGAGGAGAAAAGUGAAAAAAUGUCUUUCAACGCGAGAGGAAAAAUGAGAAAAAAUGUCUUUCAACACGAGAGGAAAAGAGAAAGGGAGUCUUUCAACACAAGAGUAGCGGAGGAAAUGUCUCUUUCAACACGAGAGGAGAAAAGUGAAAAAAUGUCUUUCAACGCGAGAGGAAAAAAGAGAAAAAAUGUCUUUCAACAUGGGAGGAAAAAAGAUCAAAAAUGUCUUGCAACACGAGAGAAAAAGAAAGAAAAGGAGUCUUUCAACACGCUUUCAAUACCAGAGGAACAGAAAAAAGGUGUCUUUCAACACUGGAGGAGCAGAGGAAAGGUGUCUUUCAACACGAGAGGAGCAGAGGAAAGGUGUCUUUCAGCAAGAGAGGAACAGAAAGAAUAA